GAGGAAGAAAUUAAGGAGGAAGAAAUUAAGGAGGAAGAAAUUAAGGAGGAAGAAAUUAAGGAGGAGGAAAUUAAAGAGGAAUUAGAAUUUUUUAUGGCAACUUGGGAGGAUGGUAUACGAACGAUUAAAAAAGAAUCUGGAAGAUAUAUACGAUCACGCACUAAGUCAUGCGUUGAUAUCAUAAAAUUGAGUAGUUCUUCUGAUGAUAUAAAGAAAUAUGUACCAACCAUUUCGAUGUAUCAAGAAUAUAGU